CCCGUCCAAAUGGCUGCUGUGAUUGGAAACUGUAAAGCUAACAGCGCCUCUUUCGUCAUCUGAAUACCUAUCGCUUUCUAAACGGUGCUGCCUAUUGGUCACAUUCAGUUUGCAUUGUUCCCCUAACAAGGUAGGGUGAGUCACUGACGGGAUGGAUGCAGCUACUCUCACUUACGACACACUGCGUUUCGGAGAGUUUGAAGAUUUCCCCGAGACAGCAGAGCCGGUUUGGAUUUUGGGCAGGGAGUUCAGCGCACUCACAGAGAAGGAUGAUAUACUGUCUGAUGUUGCAUCACGCCUGUGGUUCACUUACAGAAAGAACUUUCUGCCCAUUGGAGGAACGGGACCCACAUCUGAUACCGGCUGGGGCUGUAUGCUGCGGUGUGGGCAGAUGAUCUUAGGCGAGGCCCUGGUCUGCAGGCACCUAGGCCGAGACUGGAGGUGGGUAAAAGGACGGAAACAGAAAGAAGAAUACUUCAACAUACUCAAUGCUUUCAUCGAUAAGAAGGACAGUUACUACUCUAUACAUCAGAUUGCCCAGAUGGGAGUUGGAGAAGGAAAGUCCAUUGGCCAGUGGUACGGACCGAACACGGUGGCACAGGUUCUCAAGAAACUAUCUGUGUUCGACACUUGGAGCCGGUUAGCUGUGCACGUUGCCAUGGACAACACCGUGGUCAUUGAGGAAAUCAAGCGGCUGUGUAUGCCCUGGCUGGACUUCGCGGGGGCGGCGUGCGCGGGGGCGGGGCUGGAGCUGAACGGCUGCCUGGAGGGGGCCUGCGCCCUGGGGGAGGAGGAGACUGCGCUCUGGAAGCCGCUGGUGCUGCUCAUCCCCCUGCGGCUGGGUCUGAGCGACAUCAACGAGGCCUACAUCGAGACACUGAAGCAAUGCUUCAUGUUGCCUCAGUCUCUGGGAGUCAUCGGCGGGAAACCCAACAGCGCGCAUUACUUUAUUGGCUUUGUGGGAGAGGAACUCAUUUAUUUGGACCCCCACACCACUCAGCCGGCGGUGGAGCCGUGUGAAGAUGGCCAGGUCCCCGACGACACGUACCACUGCCAGCACCCGCCCUGCCGCAUGCACAUCUGCGAGCUGGACCCCUCCAUUGCAGUGGGCUUCUUCUGCAGAACAGAGGAUGACUUUGAUGACUGGUGUCUGCGCAUUCGCAAGCUGUCCUGCAGUAAGGAAGGGCUGCCCAUGUUCGAACUGGUGGACAGCCAGCCGUCCCACCUCAUCAACACAGACGUGCUCAAUCUCACUCCAGAUUUCUCAGACUCUGACCGGCUGGAGCGGUUCUUUGACUCGGAGGACGAGGAGUUUGAGAUCCUGUCGCUUUGAGGGAGGUGGGGGGGGAAGAGGGGUGCCUCCUUUGGUACACUACAGAGGACUACGUUUGGCAGCGGAGGGGGAAAGGGGACUGUCUCAUAACCAUGGCGCAAUCGUCCAACCUCACCUUCAGCAUAGCUUCCUCCAACUGGCUACAGACUCUGCUUUUACGUCAACAAACAAGACUUACAUUUCCUGAUGGAAGCUGUUGGGAAAUUACCAUUGCCUUUUUGGAUUUAUUUUUUAUUGUAUUAAGUUUACAAUUUGCACAUCAAAUAUGUUUUUAUUUUCUAUAUGCAUAUAUAAACAAAAAAUGAAGGAACAAAAGAGCGGCGAUGUCUUGUUGGUGUAUAUCCGGCAGCGUUGUAUCCCAAUAAAGUGUCCUGUUACAACAGUG